CACACACACACACACACACACACACACACACAGGAGCGUAGCUGAGAGGCAAGGACUGCAGCAGCAUGCACCAACCGCGGCUGAGCUGUUCGGGGACACGAGGAAGGGGAAGUGAGGAGAGAAUCUAGUGUGCUAUCUCACACCAGCCUGCGUGUGCAUCUUUGCAGCGGUGGGAACGAUGCAUUUCCAGAGCGGAUAGCUUAUGUUAUCCGGCCUCCUCUGCACUGCCUCUGCAUCCCAUUCACCCUGCUCCUCCCACUCCAACUCUUCCUCCUCCUCCUGUCUACAGCAUCAUUAGACAGGACUACAGAUUGACCGGGACUGGCGUGUGGUGGAUGGUCAAGUUUGCCCCGGCUGAAAGAUUCUUCCGAGGCUAUGCUACACCUACACCUUGGAUGGCUGGAUUGUAAUCGACAUUCGGAGCUUGAAGAUAACCCACAACCGGCUAGGAAUCUUGGAUGUGUGUGUCAUUCUUUACCAGUGUUGUCAUUGGCGCAUUUCCUCUAUUUCGCUGGUUGUUUUUGCCUUCUCUGAGACUGGCUAGCAGGCACUGCAGCAUCAGGACCGCAAGACCUAUGAAGUAGUAGGGCAUGAGGACCCAGGGGCGACCCAAAGGAAGGGCUUGAGUGCUUCCAUUGCUACCACUGCUGCUGAGCUGAGUGAUUGGGACAGCGGGUGGAAGAGAAGAUGCUGAUGGCCCGAGACACGGCGCGGGAUGAGGCUCAAAAGCUACACAGGAAGUGGCUGAAGCACCAGGCCUUUAUGGCAGAACUGGCCCGCAAUAAAGAAUGGCUCGCCAAGAUAGAACAGGAGGGCCAGGAGCUGAUCCAGGAGAAGCCGGAGCUGCGUCCAGUCGUGCAGCAGAAGCUAGAGGAGAUCAGAGAGUGCUGGUCCGACCUGGAGAGCACAACCAAGGCAAAGGCCCGCCAGCUCUUUGAAAACAACAAGCCCGAGCCGGCCAUGAAGAGCUACUCGGACCUCGACAACCAGCUCUCCCACUUGGAGCAGCAGCCCCCCCAGCUGGAACAGGCUCACCAUCUGCCCACCUUCAAUGAGCAGCUCCAGAAAUUCCAGGCUAUGGAGUCCCAGAUAGGGGACUUUUACAAGGAUGUGGGAGAACUGGGAAGCUUGCAGGGGGUCUGUCUACCCCAGCGAGGGCUGAUGGCAGGUGACAAGGAAGGCGGCGAGCAGUCAGGCGUGGUAGAGACCCGCAUCGUCCGCCUCAUUGAGCCCCUGAAGGAGAGACGCCGCAUCCUGCUGGCUUCCAAAGAGAUGCACCAAGUCGCCCAGGACCUGGAGGAUGAGAUACUGUGGAUUCAGGAGAGGCUUCCCUUGGCCUCCUGUAAGGAUUAUGGGAAUAACCUCCAGAGUGUACAGCAGCAUGUAAAAAAGAACCAGACACUUCAGAGGGAGCUAACAGGGCGGCGGGCACGUGUUGAGGAGGUUCUGGACCGGGCGGGGAUAAUUGCUUCGCUGCGCACUCCUGAGGUAGAGUUUGUGCGUGAAGGGGCGGGGCAUGUGCGCCAGCUGUGGGAGGUGUUGCAGCUGGAGACGGAAAGGAGGUCUGUGAUGCUGGACGCCACAAUGCAGGCUCAGCAGUACUACUGUGAGGCGGCUAAAGUGGAGUCCUGGCUGUCUGGUCAGAAGCUCCAUCUGGUCAGUGAAGAAAAAGGCACGGAUGAGGCAAGCACCCUUCAGCUGCUGAAGGCCCACCUGGCCCUGGAACAAACAGUGGAAACAUAUGCAGAGACAGUAGGCAUGCUAUCCCAGCAGUGCCAGCGCCUGCUGGAACUGGGACACCCAGAAAGUGAGCAGAUCACCAAGCAGCAGUCCCACAUAGACCGGCUGUAUGUGUCUCUGAAGGACAUGGUGGAGCACAGGAAGACCAAGCUAGAGCAGCAGUACUGGCUCUAUCAGCUCAACAAGGAGGUGGAGGAGCUGGAGAAGUGGAUCACUGAGCGUGAGGCGGUGGCCAGUUCCACUGAUUUGGGCCAAGACCUCGAGGACGUUACGGUGCUUCAGGAGAGGUUCACUAAGUUUGCCUCAGAAACCAACAGCAUUGGCCAGCAGCGGAUGGAGCAGGUGAACAAAAUGGUGAAUGAGAUGAUCGACUGCGGCCACUCUGACGCAGCCACCAUCGCUGAGUGGAAGGACGGACUGAACGAGUCCUGGGCCGACCUCCUGGAGCUGAUGGAGACCCGCAGGCAGAUGCUGGCAGCGUCACACCAGCUGCACAAGUUCUUCACCGACUGCAAAGAGGUCUUGGCUCAGAUCGCAGGGAAGAUGAAGCAGCUGCCAGAGGUGAGGGCGUGCCAAGCCAACAUCACCAAUCCAGCCACCCUGCAGAGACUCAUGCACUCCUUUGAGCAUGCCCUUCAACUGCUAGUCUCACAGGUAAGGCAGCUGCAGGAGAACGCUGCCCAGCUGAGGACCAUCUAUGCUGGUGAGAAGGCUGAGGCCAUUAUGGUCAAAGAGCAGGAGGUGAUGGAGGCGUGGAAGGAGCUACUGAGCUCUUGUGAGGCCAGCCGCGUCCAGGUCACUUCAGUAACCGAUAAGGUUCAGUUCUUUUCAGUGGUGCGUGAAAACCUGAUGUGGAUGGAAGGCAUCAUGGGCCAGAUUGGAUGGGAUGAGCCCAGAGAUUUGACAGCUCUGGAGGUGAUGAUGAAACAACAUCAGGAGCUGAAAGCCAAAAUAGAUGGCCGCAGCAAGACCCUUCAGCAGUGUGCAGAUCUCGGCAAGAUCCUGAUAGCUGCAGGCAACCCUGCAUCAGAGGAGAUAAAAGAGAAGUUGGACAGCCUUCUGGCUAAGCAGAGGGAUCUUGUUGAGAAAUGGGACAAACACCAGGAGAAGUUACAGCGCAAACAGGAAAAGUUCCAGUUUGCCCAGGAGACAGUAAAGGCGGAAGCCUGGCUGAAGGCCAAGGAGCCGCUGAUCACCUCCAGGGAGCCAGAAGGAGGAGAGGCCCAGGCCCAAACUGAUGAGGUUGAGCAGCUCAUCCUUCGCCACGAGGCCUUCCGCAAGGCUGCUGUAACCUGGAAAGAACGCUUCAGCUCCCUCCGCCAGCUUUCCGCAGCUGAGAAGAAAAAAGAGGAGGAGAAAAAGACCCCACUCUCCAGCCGAAGGAUGUUCCCGUUAUCUUGUCUGACUCCCGUUCCCUCAACCAGUGCUACCUCAUCUUUCUUGAGGCAGACGGUACACGCGCAUAUGGAAUCCAAACCCUUACAGACCAGUCUGGAUCUGGGUGCUACCCCUGCAACCCAGAGAUUGUCCUCAUCACUCGCCAGCUACAACCCAGUCAUAAAUGGAUCAGGCUACCAGGGACUGGAGCAGCAGUGCAGUGGAAAGUUGGUGAGCUCCUCGUACUUUGGGAUGAACCAUCAGGUGGCCGGAGGUGGAAAUGACUCCGGGUUUUCAGCGCUGACCUCCCACAGUGGUGGAGGAGACACUUCUACUUACCUUGGGAUAAACCAUCAAACUGCUGGCAGUGCAGAGAGCUCCGGGUACUUUGGACUGACUACUGGGUGUGUGGGUGGCUCUGGCCACUCAGUGCAAAACCAUCUAGCCAGUGGCAGUGUAGGAAGUUCAGGUAACCUAGCUCAGCAGCAAAGCAGUGGAGGUAUGGGAAGCCCAAGUUUCCUGCCCCAGCAGAAUAUGGGAAGUUCUGGAUAUUUGGCACAACCACAAAAUGUGGGAAGUUCUGGAUACUUGGGACACCCGCCUAAUUUGGGGAGUUCAGGAUAUUUGGCACAACAGCCUAAUAUGGGGAGUUCUGGGUAUUUGGCACAACAGCCUAAUAUGGGGAGUUCUGGGUAUUUGGCACAACAGCCUAAUAUGGGGAGUUCUGGAUACCUAGCACAGAAUUAUCAGGGCAGUGGAGGAAUGGGUAGCUCAGGAUUUCUGGCACAAAAUCAUUACAGUAGUGGAAGUCUGGGCAGUUCUGGUUACUUGGCGCAGAGUGGUGGCAUCAUGGACCCAAAAAUGGCAUAUGCAUGGCAGCACCUGAAAGCUGACUUCAUGCAGCCCAGGAUCAACCACAUCCACAAGGCUGUAAACCCCCUCCUAGAAGCCAGCAGAGUGCAACGAGAACAGUUUGGGGACAUCCCAAUGGCAGAUAUGGUGGGGCCAGAGUCGGGGCUGGACCUCCUUCACGGCCGUCUCCAGAGGGAUCCCCGUGGCAGCCGCUCAGACCCCCAGAUGGACCAUCUGAGGCGGGAGAGGGAGUACAAGCUGGGUAGACAGACCUCCAGCGAACAGGAGAUCCAAGCCAGGCUGAAUGAGCUGCCGCUGAUAGUGCGACAGGAGCGCUACCGGAGACGCCUGGAGAGGCAGUCGUCCAGUGAACAGGAGGGGAAUGGCAAGCAGAGGCUGCAGAGACAGGACUCCAGUGACCUGGAGGGCUCUGUUAAGGAGGGCUCUGACAAACGCUCAGGGGAGAAGAGAUCUACCAUGGCAGAGAUUGUAGAGCAGGUCCAGGAGCGAGAGGCAGCACAUGCACGAGGAGAGCCUUAUCGGCCUCCUAGCAGCCUCUCAGCACCUGUAACUCGUUUUGAUGGACGUCCUCGUGCCCGAGACCGCCCCAAACCGAGGAGGAGGCCCCGUCCAAAAGAGCCUGAGGAGACACGGCGUUCUCGCUCCGCCCCAGCUACUGGUGCCCCAACAACACCCCAGCCACCUUCACACACUGCCCAAAAUGAAGGCUUUCUCUACCGCAAAAAGGCCACCAGUUCUGACCUUGAAGCUCAGCAGAGAAGCCCCAACAGCAAGUCCUGGGUGAACGUAUAUUGUGUGCUGAAAGAGGGAAUGCUGACCUUCUAUAAGGAUGCUAGGAACCACACCGCAACAUACAAUGGAGAGUCUCCUGUUGACCUUAGUAACUGCUCAUUUGAUCCUUCAAUGGGAUACAAGAAGAAGAAAAAUGUCUUCAUUCUUCAAAUAAAUGACGGAAACAACUUCGUGUUCCAUGCAAAAGAUGAGGAGGAUCUGAAGGCCUGGACUUCAAACAUAACCAUCUGUAUAUCUGAGCAUGAGGCCAUGGCCAAGUGGGACAAGCCAGGCACCUCGUCCAUGGACCCCGACCGCUCGGAGAGGAAGGAGAAGUCGGAGGGCGAUGCGGACGCCAGGUCAGAGAGAUCUGAGCUCGUCGAAGGGGAGGAAAGGUCUGAGAAGGAGAGGUCAGAGAAAGGGGACGGCUCUGAGAAGCUAGACACGUCAGAAAUUGCUGACAAGAUUGAGGGCGGGGCGGGGGGCUCCAGCACGUCUGGAAAGAGCAAAUGAGGAGCCCCUUUAUGUUUUACUCACUGACAAA